CAAACAGUAAUACCGAUGAGCGGGAGAGGAUUUCAAGUUUCAACGGUUUAACGUGGAGCUAUUCUAAGAGCAAGGAUGCCACGUAAGAAAUCCAAAAGUGCAAAAAGCAGUGCAGGCAGUAAGGGGAAAGGUAAAGGUGAGUGUCUUAAUAUUAGUAGAGUGUUAAUGUGUUUAAAUGUAUGCAUGUUGGUCUCAGGACGAUCAAACAGAGACACACACAUCUUGAAAAGUGACCAACAAGUGAUGUUAUUAUUGAGCAAUUCAUCCGAUGUUCCUCAUGUUCUGUCUUCACUAGAGAGGUUUGAAUCUAGCUCAUUUUUAUGUGUACUUCCUCUCUCUACCAUCUUUCUUGUCUGUAUCGAUUGUGUGCUCUCUCACCAAGGUCACCCCGAUGAUAUCGUCCCCAUGGUCCUGACAUCAGCCACCCAGGAGCUCUUCGGGUGCCGCGCUGAUGAGGACGUCACAGGGGAGAGCCCUUACAAGCUGCUGAAAAAAGACGACAUCAUACGGGACUUUAAGACAAGAGCCAAAGUGUCUGAUUUCAGCCCCGUGAAGCAGAUUGUGCUGGACUACCCAGAGGAUGAGCUCUUGCUGGUUUUUGACAGGGACUUGAUCUAUGGCCAGAGCUUCUACCUAGUUCUGACCCCCGACGCUAAGGAAAGAAUCUUAAACGUUGUGCAGUCACCACAGCCUGAGACACCAGAAGUCAUUAAAACCCCAGAACCAAAGCCAGAACCAAAGCCAUCUCUUAGCAGUGAGCAGGAAAUAGAUGAAGAAUCUGUCAAGGAGUCCAGAGAAAAGCUGUGCUUCAAGUUCAGAAUGAGGAGGAAGUUUGGGGCACCAGUCUGUUUUUCUGAUUCCGUCACACAAGUCACAGAGUAUAUUCCUUCCGACCAAGACCGCAGACUCGGCAUCAAACUGAUGCAGAGGGACUGCGGGACUCAGGCUGUUUCCAGACUGCAAAGCAGCAGUGCUCAGACACAGUGGACGUUGUCGAGGAAUAUGUCUACCCAGUACACGCCAAGAGAGUUGAGUUCUGAAGAAAAAGACAACAUCCUCCAGUCUGACAGUAUGAAGGAUUUCUGCAAGUCAGUGACCCCAAGAAUGUUGUACGCCCUUCAGCAGGAAGGAAUCAUGAAUGUGUUCUUUGAUGACUGGAAGGCUCUGGGGACAGCAGCUAACGACAUUGACUGGUCUGGGAAGGAUUUCAAAGGUUUGAAGCUUCAUAAGGCCUUCUCAGACCAGCACUACACCAAGGACAAGAAAAUCAGCAGCGUCAAUUGGCACCCUACCAUCAUCUACGGUGUGAUCGCUGUGGCUUUGACAGAAAAAAGGCAGGAGCAGGAGUCCACAACGUUUGGAUCCGAAGAUUCUCUCAUUCUCUUUUACAGCUUCUCCGACCCCUCUAAUGCCCAGUUGCUGCUGGAGUGCCCAGAUGACAUUUUUGCCUUUGAGUUUUGCCCUUCUGAUCCAAAUAUUAUCGUUGGCGGCUGCAAGAAUGGCCAGGUCGUGUUUUGGGACAGUUCUGCUCACGUCACACACUUACAGGGAACACAACCUGUUAAGAAGGUCUCUGUUAACACAGACACAUAUGACCUCUAUUACAAGAAAGAGAAUAAGACUCCUGCUGUGCCCUACUGUGCCGUGUCUGCCAUAGACAGCAGCCACAAAGCACCAAUUACUGAUGUCCACUGGCUGCCACCAACAUUUGAGGUGACCAAGACGGGCUUACCAGUGGAGAACAAGGACAACAUUUCUGCUCAGAUUGUCACCUGCUCCCCUGACUGUGCUCUAAUGGUCUGGGAUGUGCGAGUGCCACACAGGAGGCAGAAUGUGGAUCAGAGGACACCCGACGGUGUCCCCGACACUUUCAAACACCUGGACCACAUAUGGAAGCCUCUGUUCAGGGUUUCCCUGCCAAAGAUUGAUACCAGUGGAGUAUACGCUCCUCUGAAAUUCAGCCUGGCUAAUACAGCCAGGACCACAGAAGCAGCUGAUGAUGGCAGCUCAAAGGUCGUCCCAGACUUCAGACAGCUCAGAGUGCCCUCAGCUAAGACAGUCACUGCUCUGGAAGAUGUCAAUACCAAACUCUUCAUUGGAACAGAGUUAGGGGAGAUGAUUUACACCGACUGGAAACUGGUAAAAGACGACGCUGGAGGGCUGCACAGUGCCAAGCCCCUCCACUGCUUCAGCAUCCAUCACUGGCUGGUGAAUACGGUACAGCUGUCGCCCUUCUUCAAAGACAUCGUUUUGACAACAGGAAGCUGGAACUUUGCCAUCUGGAAGGAGGGAGUCAUGGAUGGCCCCAUCAUUGAGUCACCAAGGUUUGAGAAGUGGUGCACUGCGGGAUGCUGGUCCCUGUCCCGACCCGCUAUUUUCUUCAUUGGGAAAGAGGAUGGCAGCAUUGAGGUGUGGAACCUUCUAGAAAACACCAAUGAACCUGCGCAGGUCCACACACUCGUCACCAACGCCAAGAUUACCUGCAUCAAACCCUGGACAGCCUCCCCCAAGCAGCACUUCCUGGCUGUGACUGAUGAACUUGGAAUGCUCCGUGUUUUGGAAAUCCCAAAGCCAGUCUGUGUUCCCUCCUGGAAUGAGAGUCUGAGGGUGAAGAAAUUCUUUGAGGUUGCGGAAGAGAGGUUGAAGGAUCUUGUGAGGUGUAGGGAACUGUGGGGAAAAGAACCUGACGAGCUAUUCAAACCACUUACGAGUUUGGAAGAGUACAACAAUCACCUGAAGCUGGAAGAAAGCAUCCUGAGAGGCCUGGACCUGUGGCCACGUACUGCCAACACACAGGAUGCCUGAAUCACACACAUUCACACACACUCUCUCACACACACACACAGACACACACACUUUAUAUAAAACAGGUUUUGUCACUUUUUCUAUUUAUUUAUACAGUUGAUAGCUUGUUUUUUAAUAAUAACACCUUUUUUACAGUAUUCACAAUAUUUGCCAUUACUGCUAAUGUCUGACUGUAUUAUUUUCAUUGAAAUAUGAUCUAAUUGUGAAACAUGAGAACGUGUAAAUCAAUUCGUCAAUCGAAAAUCAGACCAUUUUUUGGUUGGUGCUUCAGAGUCAAACAUGGAUUGUUUUCAUCCAACCCCCAUCUGAGAUCUCGUUACAGGGUAAUGCCAUCCAUUUGCCCCCUCGUCCCCACCACUCCCUGUGGAUACAGUCUGGACAACAUCAAGGAUCUGACUUUGGCAGGAAGUCAUUUUAUGGCUCUUCAAUUUCAUGAUACUUGUUGUUGUUGUUGUUGUUGUUGAAAGUACAUGAAUCAAUCUUGUAUGGUCCAUCUUGAGUGUUGACAAAGAAAUGUUUUAAUAAAAGUCACAGUCUUCCCUC